AUGAGCUUUCGAGAUGCGUUUCAAAAAUACAUAGACCACCCUGAACGACACGACAUUGUUCUCUUCCACGACCAAAACGUGAUUAUAAUCAAAGACAUGUUCCCCAAGUCGACCAGACACUUGCUAGUCAUUCCCCGAAACCGCCAGGUGACGAAAAACCAUCCGUUAGAUGCAUUCUGCACUGAUUAUCCAGAAUUCACAGGACACGAGCUCUACAAUAUGGUGCUGGGGUAUGUUGAGAAGGCAAAGGAUCUUAUUAUUGACGAGUUGUUCCGCUACUCCAACGUGAAUGACAAGUCGCAGCUACUGGAGUUCAGAAACACGUUCAUUAAAGCGGGGGUCCACAGCAUUCCUUCCUUGAACAACCUACAUGUCCAUGUCAUCACUCAAGACUUCCAUUCUCCGAGAAUGAGGAAUAAGAAACAUUACAAUUCAUUUACCACAAAGUUUUUUGUACCUUUUGAGGAGUUGAAUCCUGAGUUGAACGAGAGCUACUGUCGUCGCACCUCCCAACCUUUCUCAGAAACAGAACUGUCACAGAGCAGCAAUAGCGACCGCAAUUCCAGCACACAAUACAUUGUCCACGAACGCUCUACGCAAGUAAUGGAGAAGCUCAUCAAAACAACCCCUUUCAAAUGCACAUCGUGCUCUAAAACAUUUGGUAACCUGAUGGUCAAACUAAAGGCUCAUUUACAUGAGGAGUACACGAAGAAAUAUGCAAGUUUCAUCGUUCCCAACAUUUUAAUCCCUAAUGGGGUUUGUGCACCAUGCACUAAAUAG